UGUUGUUCUUGUAUUUUGUUAGGAAACAAUUAAUUUUAUGUCACAAGGUCUCGAACGUGUUAGAUUUGAGUAGGUAAUAUUGUUGUCAUGUUUUGACGAUUUCGUUUUGAUUUAUAUUAAAUUUAAGUAUAAUUUAUGAAAAUAAAAUAUGGACAUUGAUGAACAUUAUACUCGUCGUUAUCCUCACAGUGUGGUUUGGACUCCGAUACCAUUCAUAAGUUGGUUAUUUCCAUUCAUUGGUCAUAUGGGAAUAACUACAUCCACUGGAGUAAUACGAGAUUUUUCUGGAUCGUUCUAUGUUGCUGAAGAUGACAUGGCGUUCGGCUCUCCUACUAAGUUCUGGCAGUUGGAUAUAAGAACUGUAAUUGGUGGUUCUAAAGCAUGGGAUAAAGCUGUUAAUGAGGCAUCCAUUGAAUAUUUUAAUAGAAUGCACAACCUAUUGUGUGAUAAUUGUCACUCUCAUGUUGGCAUGGCAUUAUCAUUAAUGAAUUACAAUAAAAGCAAAAACUGGAAUAUGGUUAAAUUAGCUUUGUACACUUUUAUUUUUGGAAAAUAUGUGAGUUGCAAUGCGUGGCUUAAAACUUGGUGUCCAUUUAUUAUUUUUGUGUUUGUAUGUUUUGGACUUUAUUCAUAUGGGAAGUAUUUCUAAGACAGUUACUUUGUAAGGUAACUUUUUACAUUUUUACAAGAGGUCAUUAUUGUAAAGAUCUCGUCAGUAAUAUUAUUAUAUUUUUAAUGUAUAAUUUAUAUUUAAAACUGUAUGAAACAAAAUAAUAUAUUAAAAUAUUUUUUCUACUUUUUUAAAUAAAAUAACAAUUAUUUUAAGAGUUAAUAAUUUUUUAUAUAAUAAAUUUAUAAAAUGUAUAAUCUAUAUAUUUGUAUUUACAAUCACUAUUUACUUAGAUAAAUAAAUUUUAUAUAUUCAACAUUGUAACAUUAUAUUAUAUUAGAUCAAUGCCAACAUAUUAUAUUGUUAUUGAUAUUAUUUAUCUGUUGGAUUAAAAGUAUCUCAUGUCUUAUUUUUAUAAAUUUAUUUUGUACAUUAGCACUUUGAUUAGUUUUUAAUUAUAAUAAAGUGAAUGCAUAUAAAGGCUAAUUACAUUCUUACAUAGGCAAAUAUAUCAAUAAGUACCUACUAUCUAUUUACAAUUAUCAUUUUUAUCCUCAGUAAUGGGAUUACACAAGUAUCUCUGGUUUUAGUUUACUCGUUUAUUGAUUAUAUUUUUAACUUUUUACACAGCUAUGUAAAUUGCAAAUAUUUGUAUGCAAAAUAAAAAUUAGAUAAGAAAAUAAGAAAAAAAUUGAAAAAUACAUUUUUGUAUUGUAUUGUGUUUAUAUCCAAUUUAUUAUUGUUACAGAUUGUACGCUUAAGCUAUACUAUUUUAUUAUAACACCGUGUAAUUCAAUCAAACAACAAUAAUAAAAUGUUUUAAAU